CUCUUUCACUGCUGCAUUACAUCCCAUCCGUUGUCACUCUUGUGCCAUUGAGCGAUUCAUGCGAUGACGGCCACCCAUCAAGCUCUCUGUCUGUCUGUACAGUGUUGCUUUCCCUUGAUCGCUCUGAGCCUCACCCUCUGUCUGUCCCUCUGAGCAUUCCUGUUGCAGGCCGCGGGGGUGGGGAGGAGGGACAAUCUGUCAGUCAGUACACAGACGCCGCAGCUGAUGCAGGCAGCUACGAGUGCUGGCUACAUCUAGCAUCAUGGGUUGGUUAAGAUCUAUCCCUCCUGCUCCUCACAGCCGCCCUCCACCUCUCCCUCCGAGUCAUCGCCCUCCCCAUCGCCAUCGCCAUCGUAGCUAUCAUCAUCCGCUCCCACGUUUGUCGCCACCUCGGCGGCCUGCACCACAUGCUGCUGAUAGAGGGCCUGCAGACGCUCCUCAUCCACACGAGGCCGGAAAUGGAGGAACAGAAACCGCACCGCCUGCGUGAUUAAGACACAACCAGACAGUUAACAAGCUGACAGUGUGUAUUCGCUACGCGUGGGAUGCAGGUGACUCACCUGAAUUGCGAUCCCAUGUCAUUGUGUGUCUGCAGCGCUGCUACCUUGUCCACGCCGCCGGCCUGCACGGAGGUCAAAGAAAGAUAGCCGUGUGGAUGUUGGUCGCUCCCCAUUAUGCUCUCUCUCUCUCGUUGUCUCACCUGCUCUAGUAGUGUGCAGUAGGGGUUGUCGGGGAGGCCCUCGUUGGCCUGCUUCUGACGACCCACACUGCACACACGAAUGCAACAUGCCGGCAGCAGACAUGAGCAACACACAAGCAGGUGGGCGUUGGACCUACCUUAGUACGUCAUCCAGCGCUGAGAGGAUGGACUCCAACACCUCACCGUCAUCUUCGGCGCCAUUGAGCAGGUCACAUAUGGGCCGAAUGCCGCCGCACUCAACCACAUAGUCAAUCUGCACGAUUUAGCGGACAGGUACACACCCGCCCACACAAAUGUGCCACACACGGCACAGGAAAUAAGUCGUGUGUGGCCGGCUGGCAAACAUACAAACCUGUUGCUGCGAUCCUCUGACUACAAUACUGCCGAUAUUCGCUGCUGCCCUCUUCUUCAGGUCGGCAUCGCUGUCCCCGCUGGCCACCAGGUCAACCAGCAGAGGGACCAGGCCGCCAUCGAUGAGCGUCUGCACAUGGGCAGUGCUGCCUGCAUCCAAUCAGCCCACCCAAACAGCACAGCACCCUACACAUGACGUGGGUGGAUCUAUGUGUGUAGCUGUCUUACCUAGAGCCAGGAACUGCACUAUCGCACAAGCGACAGCUUUGAUCUUUGGCUCGGCCAUCUGCAGCAAUGGCUUGAUCGACGCGACGGCGCCACACUCGACCAAAGCGUCAAGGUCAGCAUCGGUACCUGUGGGGCAGGCAGGACACAAUGAGCCAUGUACGCAGCCAGUGAUGGUGUUUGGUGCACUUUCACGGAAACUCACCUUGCUCAUUGAAUUGAAUCACAAAUUGUUGCAGCGCCCCUCGUGCGCAUUGCAGCACAUUGUCGUCCUGCUGCGGCGCGGCGAUGAGACCGACCAGCACCGGCAGGAAGGGCACCAACUCGGCCAGUGGGACAGGGUGGGGCGAGUUCUCGGAGACACUCCACAGAUAGCACAGCAGGUAGGCACUCCCGGUCAGCACGGCGACGUUGCUGCUCUCGCGCAUCGCCUUCAGCAGCGGCUGCAGGACGCCGGCGGCCAGCACGGCAUCGCGACAGGUCGAUGACUCCGUCGUGAUAAUGCACAGCGCCGCGAUGGCCGCUCCACGCACAUUGUCAUCGGCUGACGACACGAGCUGCACCAGGGGCGGGACGGCACCCGCAUCCACCACCAAAUCGCUAUGAUGCCUCGCCAGUCUGCUAAGGGCCAAUGCUGCGGGUUUCUGCACCUUGUCGCACCCGCUCAGCUGCUCGACCAACACAGGCACCAGACCCGCAUCGAUGGCCUUCUCCUCGAUUGUGCCAGCCAUGUGCUCGAUGAGGAGCAGCCGCGGCAGCAGUCCAAUGGCGCUGAUGCAAAGCUGCGGAUCACUGGCCGAGGCGGAGGCUAUCAGGUUGCAUAUGUCGGUCAUUGUGGCGGCAAUGUCGGCCUCGACGGCAUCCAGCCCUCGCUGCUGCACUGACUGGUCGUACGCCUCCUUUGUCCUGUUGGAUUUGUACAGGUCCCUCGCCUUGUUCAGCACUGCUUGGGGUGAGGGAUGGCCAUCUGUGGUGCUGACGGCCUCUUCUGUGCUGCCCGACGACUCCAUCUCGUCAAC